AGCGUAGCGACCUCUUGUUCCUUCUUCUUCUUCUUCUUCUUCUUCUUCGCUGCUACAAUAGCCUAGAAGAAGGAAGGAAUCACUGUCGAAAGCGGCCCAACGACUCUGCGUUUUAAAUGCGAACUCCAUUUAUUAAAAACGUUUCAUUUUCAUUGAUCGGCAAUCUCAGAAAAUGAAGAAGAGGAAAGACAACAACAACAACAACGCCGUCGCCGGGAUCAUCCUCAGCGCCGCCAUCGUCCGCCGCCACCGCCACCUCCACCGUCUUGUCUUUCAGCUCGUCUCCGCUUUCUCCGCUUGCCUCCUCCUCCUCCUCGUCGCCUUCUCUCUCCUCGCUCCCUCUCCCGCUCUCAACACUCUCGAUCAUGACCGCCACCACCUAUCGACGACCGGUGGAGUUGAGGAGCGACGGCAAUCGGAUUUGGUUCGGGAGACGGCGUUUCCUGUUCCGGCUAGUGGAGAGAGUUUGGGGCGAGAUUUGUGGACAACGACAAAAUCGGAAUUCUACUUUGGUUGUAGUAAUGCUUCUCGUAACUUCGUCACGGCUGAUGCGAAAACACGGCCGAAUCGAUACCUGUUGAUUGCUACUAGCGGAGGCUUGAAUCAACAAAGAACAGGGAUAACAGAUGCAGUAGUUGCAGCUUAUAUCUUAAAUGCUACUCUUGUUGUUCCCCGUUUGGACCAAAAAUCUUUUUGGCAGGAUUCAAGUGACUUUGCUGAAAUAUUUGAUGUGGACCAGUUUAUUUCAUUUCUCGCAAAGGAUGUUCGGAUAAUUAAAGAGCUUCCAAUGAAAGGAGCAAAAGCCAUAGCUCCAUAUAGCAUGCGUGUUCCAAGAAAGUGCACUCCAAAAUGCUAUAUGAAUCGGGUUUUACCUGUUUUGAACAGAAGACAUGUUGUUCAGCUCUCUAAGUUUGAUUACAGGCUUUCAAAUAAGCUGAGUAGAAAUUUACAGAAGUUAAGAUGUAGAGUAAACUAUCACGCUCUGAAAUUUACUGAUUCCAUUCUUGACAUGGGCAAGACGUUAGUUGAAAGGAUGAGGACAAAAAGCAAGCAUUUCAUUGCCCUCCAUUUGAGGUUUGAACCUGAUAUGCUUGCGUUCUCUGGAUGCGAUUUUGGUGGUGGGGAGAAAGAAAGGGUAGAACUUGGUGCAAUUCGAAAGAGGUGGAAAAGUUUACAUACGAGCAAUCCUGACAAAGUCCGAAGAAAUGGCAGAUGCCCUCUCACUCCAGAGGAAGUUGGUCUUAUGCUUAGAGCAUUGGGUUUUGGAAGCGAUGUUCACUUAUAUGUUGCCUCAGGUGAGGUAUAUGGAGGUGAAGAGACAUUGGCACCCCUCAAAAAACUCUUCGCAAACUUCCAUACUAAAGAGACAAUAGCAAGUAAGGAGGAGUUGGCACCAUUUACGUCCUUUUCUUCUCGUAUGGCUGCACUGGAUUUUAUUGUUUGCGAUGAAAGUGAUGUUUUCGUCUCAAACAAUAAUGGCAAUAUGGCUAGAAUGUUGGCUGGACGAAGGAGAUACUUUGGGCACAAACCGACAAUACGCCCGAAUGCUAAAAAGCUAUACAAAUUGUUCAUGAACCGACAUAACAUGACAUGGGAAGAAUUUGCCUCCAAAGUUCAAACUCACCAGAUUGGAUUCAUGGGAGAGCCAAAUGAGAUAAAGCCAGGCAGGGGCGAGUUUCAUGAAAACCCUGCAGCCUGCAUAUGUGACGCUUCCGAUGCAAAUGCUAAGGAAGGAAGUCCGCAAACUCAAAUUCAUGACAGCCAAAAAUCGGAUACCGAGGAUAAUACAAAUAAAGAUAGUGGUUAUUUGACGGAUGAGCAAGCGACUGAGGAUGAGCAAAAUGUGUCCGAGACAGAUUAUCUAGAUAAUGGAAGUGCAUCAGAGGAAAAAGGACCGCCUAACAGAAAGGAUUCUGUAGAACCAAACGUUAUACUUAAAGCCGAUCAAUCGGAACUGGAAGAGUUAUUCUCAGACUGAAUGAGGGCAAUAAUAAUUGCUCUCUAACCAUAUUCUUUAAAAGAUUCUUUGGCUCAUUUUGUUGCCACAUUUGAGAGAUUGCUUCUUUGAACGAGACUUUUCUUUUCCUUUUACUCAAGUGGCAGUGACAACAAAUUAGUUUUUGUAUAUAGAAUAGAGGAGCAGUUUAGAUGAAUAGAGGUCUCCAAAGAAGGGGGUUCUAGAUUUUGAAGCUUGUACAUCACAAACUAUCGUGGGAGAGAUCGUUAGCUUUUGCUUCUUUUUUUUUUUUUUCAUGGAUAAUUCUUUCCGUGAGGCAGGUAUGCUUAUGAUAUAGAAGCGAAGUGUAAAUUGAGGGUGUUACUUGUUAGAAGGCUUCACUCUCUCUCUCUCUCUCUCUCU